UAAUACCAAAUUAGUCCGAGUGAGAGAGGCGCGUGGUGGCAUGGAUUCCUUUGGGGCAGCGGCGAAUUCGAACGUCCCGACGACUGCAGAGAAGGGUCGGCGGCUUGGCGAGCACCCGGCCCCGACGAAUCCGAUGGUUUCGCCACUGCUUACAGACCUUUACCAGUUCACCAUGGCUUAUGCUUACUGGAAGGCGGGGAAGCAUCAAGAUAGAGCAGUGUUCGAUCUGUACUUUAGAAAGAACCCCUUUGGUGGUGAAUACACAGUCUUUGGUGGUUUAGAAGAAUGUAUUCGUUUAAUUGCUAAUUUUGAACUUAAGGAGGAAGAGAUUUCUUUCUUGCGCUCUGUAAUGCCUACAUGUGAGGAUGGUUUCUUUGACUAUCUCAGGGCCCUUGACUGCUCAAAUGUUGAGGUUUAUGCAAUCUCAGAGGGUUCCACUGUAUUUCCCAAAGUUCCUCUCAUGAGAGUUGAAGGACCUGUCGCAGUGGUUCAAUUACUUGAAACUCCUUUUUUGAAUCUUGUCAAUUAUGCCUCAUUGGUUACUACAAAUGCUGCAAGACAUCGAUUUGUAGCAGGGAAAUCAAAAGCUUUGCUUGAGUUUGGGCUUCGACGAGCACAAGGUCCUGAUGGUGGGAUAAGUGCAUCAAGAUACUGCUAUAUGGGUGGAUUUGAUGCAACAAGCAACGUAGCUGCAGGAAGAUUUUUCAGCAUUCCGCUACGUGGAACACACUCACAUGCAUUUGUUAGCUCUUUUAUGUGCAUGGAUGAGAUUAUGGACAAAGCACUAUCCAGUCAUGAUAGCUCAAGCACUUGUGAAGACUUUGUUAGUGUCGUGCGAUGCUGGCUUUAUAAACUUCAGCUGUCGGACGCACUGCAUGGUGCUUUUGGUGAGACUAACCAGAGUGAGCUAGCAGCAUUUACCUCCUAUGCGUUGGCCAUGCCAAAUAACUUCUUGGCCCUAGUCGACACUUAUGAUGUUAUGAAGAGUGGAAUUCCUAACUUCUGUGCAGUUGCUUUAGCUCUUAACGAUUUGGGUUAUAAAGCAACUGGAAUUAGGUUGGACUCCGGUGAUCUAGCAUACUUAUCCAUUAAAUCUCGCAAAUUUUUCCAUGUGAUAGAGAAGGAAUUUGCAGUACCCGGUUUUGGGAAUUUACUCAUCACAGCAAGCAAUGAUCUGAAUGAGGAAACCAUCGAUGCCUUGAACAAGCAGGGUCAUGAAGUAGAUGCCUUUGGCAUUGGAACCUAUCUAGUGACUUGUUAUUCUCAAGCAGCACUUGGCUGCGUAUUCAAGUUAGUUGAGAUAAAUGGCCAACCACGUAUCAAACUUUCUGAAGAUGUCUCCAAGGUCACGAUUCCUUGCAAAAAAAGAUGUUAUAGGUUAUAUGGAAGAGAAGGCUAUGCACUGCUGGAUUUAAUGACCGGGGAAAAUGAAGAGCCUCCUAAAAAAGGGGAAAGGAUCCUAUGCCGACAUCCUUUUAGUGAAUCAAAGAGGGCUUAUGUUGUUCCACAUCGUGUGGAGGAGCUCUUGAAGUGUUAUUGGCCUGGUGGUUCAGGAUCGUCGUUCGGGGAGGAUGAUUGAAACUGCUAAGUGAAUAGUGGGGCUCUGUUUUUCGCAUGAAAUGUUAUUGAUGACAUUAGCACCAACCUUGUAGUUGUAGUUGUUUGAAGCAUUACAGAAGCAGGAACAUGAACUCUUGUUGAGACACCUCCUCACCAAAACAUAAUAAGCGGCAAAUGGACUUAUUGCACCAAAAGGAAACCUAAUGGUAGCGUAGCUAAACACAAGGAGUCUCAUGUUACGCAAGGGUUCAAACAAUUGUCCAAUAUAAAGAAACAUUAGCCCUUUUGCAAGCCACCUACAAUUCAGAUUUUUCUAUCCUGUGCUCUCCAAUGUAAGUGGCUACUUCAGCAACUCGACGUCUCCAACAUUUUCCUUCAUGGCUCAUUGGAUGAACUUAUCUACAUGUAUCAACCUCAAGCUUCCAAGCCACUCAACAUCCAACCAAGGUAUGCUUACUCAAAAAGGCUCUCUAUGGCCUAAAACAAGCACCACGACAAUGGUAUCAAACUCUAAUUCACCACCUCCAAUCUAAUGGGUUUAAACUAAGCACCGCCGACCAUUCCCUACUCAUCUAUCAUCAAAAUCAGCUCACCAUUUUUUUUCUUGUGUACGUAUAUUACAUUCUCAUCAUCGAAAUUGAUCUACAAGCCAUUACAAACGUCACGCACAUUCUCCAAUUUAAAUUCCAACUUAAAGAAUUGGGACUGAUUAAUCCCUUCUCUGGCAUCAACACGCCACACGUCACAUGGUUAUCAUCUCACACAAUCCUCCUACAAUCAUUCUCUCCUACAGCUACUUGGCCUAACUAUGUGCAAACCUAUCGUCACUCACAUUCCCUACAAGCUCAAUCAUCUCACAUUCCCUACAAGCUCAAUCAUGACCAAAAUUUUCUUCCAGUGUUUUUGAAUAUCACUCUAUAUCGGCAACUUGCUGGCUCCCUUCCAUUUCUUACCAUCACUAAACCCAACAUAGCCUUCGUCGUAAUCUACAUAUUUCGGCAUAUGCUUCAUCCUUUACUUUAUCAUUUUCAAAUCAUUAUGAGUAUCUUACGCUACCUCAAAGGCACCAUCAUAGUCAGACUUCCAAUCACCGACAACAACUUUCAAUUACAAGCUUACUCCGAUUCCGACUGGGUUGGCAACUCUCAAGACCGAACGAUCGAUCACUGGAUUUAGCAGUUUCCUCAGCAACAAACUCAUAUCAUGGACAGUUCAGAGCAAAAAAAAAAAAAAAAAAAAAAAAAUUUUCUUGCUCCUCCACUGAAGUUGAGUACCGUGUGCUAGCUAUUGCCACCACUGAUGUUAUUUGGCUUUGAUGAUUACUUCAAGAAUUCAACAUCUUCACUCCCAAUCAAAACCCAUUACACUGUGACAACACAUCUGCCAUCGCCAUAGCACUUAAUCCCAUCUUCCAUGCUCCCACAAAACAUGUUGAAAUCGACUACAACUUCAUUUGCAAUCACGUACAAUCGGGUGAUAUUCAAAUACUACAUAUCAGCUCAACAGAUCAGGUGGCUGAAAUCUUCACAAAGAGUCAAACUGCAGCUCAAUUUCAAAGCCUCUUGCACAAGCUUACCAUCACUCUACCGGACUAUAAGCUUGAGGGGGGAUAACAAACUACUACACUCCACCUCAAUUGAUUUACUCUCCACUUUCUCCUGCCAACCACGAUCACACAUGGGACUACCUCCACCACUGCAGCAACAUUCUUCCUGCUCCUAUAUGUCACCAAUUGCAGAAAAGCUCAAUCGAAUACUUACUUUAUGUAUCCUCUGUUUCAUGGUUUAAUAAAAUUGAAGUUACAAUAGCUUCUAUAGCUCUUUUCAUUAGAGACCUACUUAUCUUAUUGCUCUUUAAUCAUGCCCUAACCCGCCCAUCAUUAUAUAAACAUAUAAUUUAG